GUCGAUGUGCUACUGCAGAGGCCACAAACCUAAUGGGUACAGUAAUUUACAUUCGCUGACAUCAUCAUCCGCAGCAUCUAGACAAAGCUCUCAGCAUCUGCCCACUACUCAAUUCGUGAAGAAACCCAGCUUGAAAACUGGCCUAGGCUUGGGGCACUCCAGAAGUGACUUAAGUCCGAAUUAUAGUCGUCGUAACUCGGAUGUGAGUCACUGUUCCAGUUGCAGUUGCAGUUCGUCCCCCAUCCAACAGCAGCAACGGCAACAUAGCUGCAAUAAGGUCUUGACCUGGGGCUGGGAGCGGGAGGAGCUGAGCGAAGGAAUAAAUACACAGUAUACCGACAAUCGUCGUCUCUAUGAGCAAAGCGCCUGCGUCGCUAAUCGUUUGCCAAUGACUCUGAACCAAGGUCAGUGUCAGGGUCGCAGCCCCACUCCCACUAAAUCUAAAUCAGAUAAGAAUGAUGGACUGCGUCAGCUGCGUUCACUUCAACAAUUUCGAUUAUCGAAUGCAAUGGAUUGCUUCAGCGAGAAGCGACAAGAUGAAUUGCGCUUACAACAGGCCUAUGAUAAACUAGAUAGAAAUAAGUGGCAAAAGAAUAAGGCCAACAUAAGUACGCAGCAAGCCAAGUUGACUGAGCCAACAACAACAGCUCCUUAUGCCUGGCGUCAAAAGCUAUUGCAAUGGCAAUUACAAAGAGAGGCACAAAACGUCGAGGCAAGAGGAGAAGUAGGAGUUGGAUCGAGCGCAACAUGCGCUCCAUUGGAAAAAAGCUGUGCUUUAAGAUACAAUUGCUAUUGAAAA